ACAGCAGCAGCCCGUCGAAAAUUCUCAUCAAAGCCAGGCAAGAUUUGGUGAAGAUAUAAAUCGGCACGUGACAAUGCAAUGCAUAAUGCAUAUGCAUAAAAUCCCGAGCCGCGCUUAAGACUUUAUGCAUAGUCACAAGGUUGACGACUCUUCGUGAAUCAACCUGAGACGACAAAGAAACUACAACUCCAAAGGUCCUCGAUGAUGUCGGCACGGAAGCCACAUAGGAAGAGUCGCACAGGAUGUGUUCCAUGCAAGAAACGACAUGUAAAAUGCGGCGAAGAAAAGCCAAAGUGUGUGAAUUGUAGCGAAUACGAGGUUGACUGCCAUUAUCUUCCCGUCACUAGUGUUUCCCUGAAAGAUUCGUUGAGAUCGAGAUCGUCAUCUCAUUCUUCGUCUUCUUUACCAAAAGAUCCUCUCGGAACGGGAAACGCAACGGGGAUAGGAGUCAGCUCAAAUCCCGGCAAUGAUGAACUCGAUGUAUCGGACUUGGAACUCCUGCACUUCUUUUCGACAGUAACAUAUGCCACAAUGUCCACCGUCGCCGUCGAACAAGACCUUUGGCGAACAACAAUUGUCACCAUUGGGCUGCAACACACAUUUCUCCUUCGUGCCCUCCUAGCUCAAGCAGCAGCACAUCUUAGCUGUCUCAAAUCGUCCUCGGAAUCAGUCAACUAUCUCAUAAAAGCUUCGACUCACCAAAACAUUGCAAUUGCUCAAUUUCGAAAAGCUUUGGAAACUAUAGAUGCAUCGAAUUUCGACGCUGUCCUGGCAUUUUCUUGCUUGCUGCCAGUUCACUCCCUCACGCUAGCAGCUUGUGCCACUGCUCGACCGGAGAGGAACGAACAAGAUCAUAUCUUAUCCGAAUUCCUGAAAGCGAUUAGACUUUUACGCAGCGUCAAUAGUCUGCUGUUGCCUUCCCUCUCCGUCUACACGAGUAGUCCGAUUCUUCCUCUGCUGCAAGUUGCUAGCCAGCAUCUGCCGGUUGCUGAAAAUUAUCCAGGGCAAGAAAGCAUAGGCUUUCUAGACACUGUCUGUUGCAGGAAUAAUGUAGCAGAACACAACGCCGCGUUUUCGGACACUAUCAAGGAAUUACGGCUCACGUUCUCCCGAGCGGCAUGCCCACCAGAUACCGAACGCUUCACGCUAGGAAUCAUAUUGCUCUUCACUGUUAUCGUUCCGGAGGAAUUUGUAAUAUUAGCAAACUCACGAGUCCCAGAAGCGAUGGUUAUCUUGGCUCACUAUGCUACUUUAUUUUGUGAGCAUGAUGAUACCUGGUGGCUGAGGGGACUGGGAACGAAUAUGGUGGAUAUCAUCAAUCAGGAGCUUGGGGAUGAGUGGAGGCAUGCUAUGGAAUGGCCGAAUGAGGUGGCUGAACGUGUUCGACGAGAACGGGAUGGCCGAUGACAGAAAGAUGAGAGUGAGAAGUAGUCAAGUAACGAUAACUUAGUGUCUAAUUGACGC